GCCGUCUUGAAUUCGUUGUCUAAUAACAAAAAUUUGUUUCGCCGAUCUGUACCUCGUGUAAUGUGAAUUCAAAAGAUUCUAGUUAGUUAUUUAUUAAAGAACUUAAAAGAUCCAGUUGGUUGCCAUACGAAAUGGGAAAGAUUAAUAAAAAAUUGCAGCUUGAGAAGGAAAAAAAGGAUGAACAAAAAUCCGCCAAAGCAUCAGAUAAAACAUCGUUGUCAGGGCCGUUUCCCAUCUACAGAUCGACACCCGUUCAGCUCAAUGGACCAGAGCCAAAAAAUUUUAAGCUUCCCUCUAAGAAAAAACAAACAUCGUCAACAGUGACCACCCCGCAGCAGGAAAAACCAUUGGAAGAAUCAGAUACGAAACCAGAAGGAUCUCCUCUGAAAACUAAAAAGUUGAGGAAACUCGUAAUCAGCCGACUUAAUAAAAAAGAUAAGAAAAAGUUUCGCAAAGAAGAGGUUCUCAAAAAGAUCGAACUGACGCAGAAAUCUUUCAAGGCGGACAAAGAACGCAAGAAGCGCGAAAAGACUGCGGUGACCGGGGAUAUGCGACCACUCCUGGAUGCUUUGCCCUCACUGGAUUCACUGUUCAAACUUAAGUCAUCCGAAGGUUCUGCCAUCAAAACGGGUGUGCCCAAGUAUGAUAAGAAGUCCAAACCGAAAACUAAGCACCAGCAGAAAACGGAACUGUUAAAAAAGAAACGAUCCGAGUUUCUUAAUCGAUGUCAGAAGGUGAACCAGGUGCUGAAAUCUAAGAAAUUCAAAAAGAAUCCUAAGAAAAUGAUUGCAGAACACAUUCGGAACUCCCGGAAAGAACAGCUGCAAUUGUUACUGGGAGAUUCUUGAAUAUUGUUAUUUGUAAUAAAUUUGCUUAAAAAUUA